GUCACAAGCCGUUCUUUCUGCCCUUUCGGUGUCGCUGUUGUUCAUUUUCCGUUUUCCGUUGUUCCCUCUUUUAUUGUCUCCCUUUACACGCCAAUGUUCCCUGCAACAAAUACUAUGCUUCUGGAACUUCACAAAAGAAUCACUCACUUCAUUCUUUCAACCUUCACUUACACACUUACUUUCCAUCUCUCUCGAUUCCUACCAACACUCGUAUGGUUUAUGAGACUGGAAUCAUAUGAGUAAGGUUGUUUGAAAGAAAAGAGAAUUGCACAUUGAAGAUAUUUUGGGGUUGGAUUGUUGUCCGUGGAUGGAGAUAGGUACAAAGAAGAUGAAAGUCGAUAAAGAAAUGCUAAACCUCAAUGACGUGGUCAGCAUUGUGUCAAAAAAUUGUCGGUGUAACGAAUUGGAAGAGAGAAGCAAGAAAGCUGAAGGGAGGUGUGCUGAGUUAGAAUUUGAGCUUCAAAGGAAACAUAGUCAAUGUGAAGCACUCGAGGCUAAACUUAAGGCACUGGAAGCAGAUAAAUUUGCUGCUGAAGAGGAGUUGAAGGUUUUGAGGGUUUCUAGUGAGAAGCACAAAGAGGAAACACAAAUUAGCAAUGAAAAAGAGAGAGGGGAAGCAACAAUUGACAACUUGCCAGAUGAUAAUGAGGUUGUUCAGCUAAUGAUUGAAAAUAAGGUUUUGGAAUGUGAGAAGAAAAGGGCCGAGAGUGAGGCUGAGGUAUGGAAAGAUAAUUACAAGAAAAUGGAAUUACGGGCCAUACAAUUGGAGCUAGGAAGGGGCCAUGAAAGAAACGAGAAACAGGAAGCAAGCAACUGGACUACUGCUACAGUUGGUUCACAUCAAGGACCAAUCUCAAAUUCUAGAUUUCAUCCGGCAAGACAAGCCAGAAAACAGUUGAAAUUUCUAAAUGAAGAGAGUCCCUGCAAAAGGAUGGCUCCAUCUACGCCUCUUGGUGCAAAACCUGCUUCAGUCUGUGUAAUUGAUAUCACUGACAGUGAUGAUGAACCUAAUAUUAUCCAAACCUCACCUGUACUAACUCAGGGUGGUGGAAAUAUUUCUGUUCCAACAUGUUUUGUAGCCGAAAUUGGAAAGAUGUCUAACAUUGAUGGUGGAAACAAUGAAAAAGAUUUGAGUGCUGGUGAAGAUGUUCCUUUUGUUGCCACCCUUAAGAGGAAACGAACUUGUAAUGUUGUCACAAGUGAGUCUGAACAUGAUGAUGCCAAUGAUUGUGAUGAUGAUGAUGAUGAUAUGCCGAUUAGUAAGCUUAAGAGGAUGCAUAUUCCGAAAGCAGGAUCAGAGCAAGUUAAAUGUGACGUAAAUAGUUCGGCGACUACUACUACUUUUGCAUAUAACAAGACUAUAGGCACUGCAACACCUCGACGGCGCCUAGUGCCUCUUAGAAAAUGUGCAAGAGAACGAGAGUGUAAAAAGAAGUCUUCAAAUAGAUCUAAGAAGGCCAAACAUCAAGAAAGUAUAGCAACAAAUUCUUGCGAAUCAGAGGAAGAUUUGUCAGACUCUGAAGAUGAAGGCUUGAGUGAUUUUAUUGUUGAUGAUUCUGAUGUAUCUAAUUGUGAUGAUGCAUCAAGCAAGUCGCACACUGUAUCUAACGAUGAUGGAGACUCUGAUUCCAGUAACUCACAAGAUGUACCUGAUGAUGACUCAUGCUCUGAUUCGCAGGAAGAAACUGAUAGGAAAGUGGACUUUGGGAUGAUACUAUCACAAAUUCAGAGGAGGAAAGACCACAAAACGAAGUGGGAGUAUGAAGCUGACAUGCUUGCAGCAUUUGGAAAGGAUCCUGAACUGUGUAUGAAGGCUGUCUGUGCUCUUUAUCUACAACAAACAUCUGAGGAACAGAUGAGCAGGGGAUCAAUGUAUUCCAACCAGCGGGGAUUCAGCAAGUUUGAUGCUCACAGAGGUAGUACAUUGGCUGAGUUCCUCACUAAUGGAGAUCCUCUUGGUGGUUUGAAGAAGAGUGUGAAGGAAUUGAAGGAAUAUGACCCCCAAGCAGUUGAACUGUGCAGAACUCUGGCCAUUCGGUACUCAAGACAAUUAUAUGAGAUCUACAAGAACAAAGAGUAUCCUUUUUUUUCUUGACACUGGCUGCUAUGGAAUCCUUUUUACUUUGGGAAAUGGAGUUAUGUCUAUUAUUAAAGCAAGUAUUCCUGUUUUGGUUCCUCUGUAUAUAUUUUGAGUAUGGUCUUUAACCCUUCAUCUGUAUCCAUAUCCAUCUAUCUACAUGUAAACUUAACCUGCAAUUUGCAAUCAUUAUAUGUUUGAUCUACCUAAA